AGCGCAUCAAGCAAUGGCGGAGGAGCAAGCGUGGCUCGUGCGAGCUCGCUCCGACUCUGAGAACUCGUCCAAGCUGAGCUUCGGUUCCAUCGCGCGAACGAUGGCCUACACAGAGGACAGACUCACAGUAACAGAGGGCGGCGGCGAGCCAGGCAGCGUCGUCAGCAUGGCCAGCCCGCCCGACGCCGCCGAGGCGGAGAGCGAGCUGCUCGACUACAACGACGCCGCCGUGCUCGAGCAGUUCCACGAGGACGCGCUCCGCCAGGCCGGCUGUGGCCCAUACCAGGCCAAAGUGGCUCUGGCCACGGCGUUAGCGGUAGCUGGAAACGCGCUGGAGCUAGCGGCCAUCCCCUUCGUGCUGCCCUCCGCUGAGAUCGAGCUCUGCAUACUGCGCCAUGAGAAGAACUGGCUUGUUCUCAUCAGCCUAGUGGGCUCGUCUCUAGGCGCGGCCGGCUGGGGCCCGCUAGGCGAGCGAUUGGGUCGUCGCCGCACUCUACUAUCGUGUCUCGCCGUCAACGCCGUUUUCGCCGCUAUAGCGGCCGUCAUGCCUACGUACGGCACGUUUAUGAUGGCGCGGAUUCGCCUGGGUCGUGGCAAUUUGUUGUCGUGUCUCGCCGUCAACGCCGUGUUCGCCGCUAUAGCGGCCGUCAUGCCUACGUACGGCACCUUUAUGAUGGCGCGGAUUCGCCUGGGUCGUGGCAAUUUGUUGUCGUGUCUCGCCGUCAACGCCGUGUUCGCCGCUAUAGCGGCCGUCAUGCCUACAUAUGGCACCUUUAUGAUGGCGCGUAUAGGACUCAAACGAGUGGUUAGGCGUCGCCGCACUCUGUUGUCGUGUCUCGCCGUCAACGCCGUGUUCGCCGCCAUAGCGGCCGUCAUGCCUACGUACGGCACCUUUAUGAUGGCGCGCUUCUGCUCAGCCAUCGGUUCCGGCGGCAUAGUAGCCACUUCCUACGCGUACCUAUCAGAAUGUGUACCUCGCGCGUGUCGCCGCCGUGCCUUACCGGCGCUGCCCGCCGCCGCCGCCGCCGGAACGCUCGCCGCCGCCGCUCUGGCGAGGGCUGUGCUGCCGCCGACUGGGGAAACGACGUUAUUGGAGGACAGACGGCAUUUUAGCGCUUGGCAUCGCUACCUCCUCCUCUGCACGUUGCCGAUCGUGUCCAGCCUGGUCAGCAUGAUCUGGACGCAGGAGUCGCCGCGGUAUUUGCUAGACGUAGGCCGCGAGGUCGACGCCAUGUUGGUUUAUCAGAACAUCCACAGCGGUAACCAGAUUCGCAUAUGCGGGAAGGCUAACGUAGCGGCCGCUAACACCAACUCUGAAUAUCGGUUGGGCGAAUUAUCUCUGCCGGGCAAGCGUCGCCCGCCAGCCCUGCACCACGUCAGGCAUAGUGUUAAAAUGUUCUGGCAGGCGUUUUUCCAGCUAUUCUCGAGUGCGUACAGGAGUACGACGCUGUCGUUAGGCGGGAUACUGCUCUUCACUACGGCUGUACAGUUCUACCUAUCGUCCUACGUGCCGACGACGGUCGACCAGAUGGAGAACGCCCUAUUCGCGGCCUCGAGGCUGACGGAGCAGAACAUGACGUGGGAGAGCCACCACUUCAACGACACCUUGAGCAACGUGGAGUACCGGAACGCUGUCUUCGACAAGUGCACCUUCAAGGAUAUGCUGAUGGCGCGAGUGCUGUUCAAAAACUGCACCUUCACGGGCGUGGCGUUCUCCAACAUCAAGACUUCGUACACGUACUUCGAGGGCUGCCUGUUUUAUAACAGCACCAUAAUCGACACAGACAUGGAGGUGGGCCGCGAGUUAGACGAGUGGUGCGUGUUCAACGCGAGCGUCGUAAGAGGAAUGCGCGCCGGAUGCGCCAGGCAUGCUGACUUAACAGUCCGCUUAGCUGGGAUACUGGCGGAACAGACGUAUGCGGCUCACGCUAUGUUAGCAGCUGCUGCAUUAGGACUGCUACCCUAUAGGAGCGUCGUUCUUGCGAUCCUAUGCGCAGCGGGCAUGCUGCUGUCUCCCUCCAUCUACUUCGUGGAGAGCGAGACGGCGCUAUACGUGGUCGAGUGCGCGUACCGAGUGCUACUCACACUCGUGUUCUACACUGUGUGCGUUAAGGUGGUGGAGUCUUAUCCUGCUAAUUUAAGGUGUACAGCGCACGGCCUGAUUCUCUCCGCGGCGUAUAUGGGAGGAGUGGUGGUGCGAGGGGUGGGACCUUUUAGUUCGCCACUCACCUGCGCGCUGUGCGCAGUGCUGUGCGGCCUAGCCUGCGCUUGCGCCGCGAGGCCGGGGUAA